CUCUCACCCCGCGGGCGAGUUCUGGGAAAGCCCGGCCCAGGGCGGGGGCCCGCGCCGCCCCGCUCUGCUCGGCUCCGGGCAGCGCGCACUGCUGGGGCGAGGGACGCGCGGGCUGCGCCCCGAGCGCGGGCGGGCGGCGGGGGCGGCGGGCUGGAGCGGUGGACGGCGGCUGCGCGCCCCGCUGUGCUCCCGGGCACUUGCCCGGCUCCUGCUCGCUCCUAGGAAUCGGCUGUGCGGCUGACACUCGGUAGCCCGGACUCUCCGCGGCUCUGGGGACGCACGCGUGUGGACCAGGUCCCCAGGGACUCGCUACUCCCGCCCCGCCGCACGACUGGCUGGAGAUCUAAGGGAACUGAAAACACUCAAACUGGAUUUUAAAAUCAUUGCACAUUAACAGUAAACCACAAGUCGCAGAAUGUGAUCCCGAACAAAAGCCUUCCAAAAAACUUAGCUUCGGGCAACGGAGAAAAGAAAAUGGACCCGUUGUUUUGAAAUACUGGUGUAAAACAAACUGUUCUUGUAGGAAAUUACAACUGGAAAAUUUUGUUUGGCUCUUAAUAUACCUGAAUGAGAGGAACUGUCAGCUUGCUUCUCACAAAGACUGGAAUUAUUUGAGAUUAUCUGUUGCCUGGACAUGAUCACCAGGGAAGGGAACGCAGAAGAGUAGCUGAAGGACGCUGAUCAAGAUGACGUCCGAAGAAAUGACCGCUUCCGUCCUCAUCCCUGUGACCCAAAGGAAAGUGGCUUCUGUCCAGUCAGUGGCAGAAGAGACGAGUGAAAAAGUCUCAGAUGCUGGGAUUCCUAAGUCACGCGCUGGCAGGCAGGGUGUACUCAUCCCUCGAACCAUCUCACAGUGGAACAAACACAAGGAAGAGUCUUCUAGAAGUAAUUUGUCCAAGGUCUACUCAAUAGCGAGGGGAGGACCAGUCAGUGAUGAGAAUCACAAUGAAAAGUGCUGGGAGGGAAAUGUACCGGAUUCCACGGAAAACCACUCCGUUAACUGCAACAGCUUAGUGCAAAGCCACCAGCAUGAGCUUCCCCGGAGCCAGCUUUGUGAAGCCUGUGAUUCUGUCACAGGAGGAGACCUGUGCUUGCAGCCUGGGAUUCCUUCUCCACUGGAAAGGAAGGUGCUCCCUGGAAUUCAACUGGAGAUGGGGGACUCUCCCAUGGACGUGAGCCCUUUGGGAAAUCAGCCUGGGAUGGUGGAGUCCAGCGGACCUCGCGCUGACGGCAACACGGCGGUGUUUCAUUUCCGUUAUGAAGCUGACAGGACAAUGUCGGAUGCUUUUCAUGCCCUGUCAGAAAAAUUAAUUUUGGAUGACUGUGCAAAUUGUGUUACUCUUCGUGGGGGGCAGCAAAAUAAAAAUUACAUGGCGUAUGCUUGUAAACUGAUGGAACUGACAAGAACCUGUGGUAGUAAGAAUGGGCAGCUGAAGUGUGAGCAUUGUGCCUCGCUGCGUGAUGAAUACCUGUGCUUUGAAAGCUCCUGCCCGAAGGCGGACGACGUCUGCUCAGGUGGUGGCUUUGGCGAGGACGGCUUCGCUCACGGCCCUGAUGCCAAGACUUUUCUGAGCUCUCUGGAGGAUUUCUCUGAUAAUUGUGAAGACGUAGACGAUUUUUUGAAAAGCAAAAAGGAGCGGUCCACUUUGUUAGUCCGGAGGUUUUGUAAAAAUGACAGGGAAGUUAAGAAGUCUGUGUAUACCGGGACAAGAGCAAUCAUGAGAACUCUGCCUUCUGGCCAUAUUGGGCCGGCUGCUUGGAAUUAUGUUGAUCAGAAGAAAGCUGGUCUCAUAUGGCCUUGUGGGAAUGUAAUGGGACCUCUGACAACAAUGGACACAAGACAAAGUGGGAGCCAAAGGCUGUCUGAAGCCCAGUGGUGUCUGAUCUACAGUGCCGUGAGAAGAGGGGAAGAGACAGAAGAUACGCUUGGAUCUUUUCUCCAUUGCUCCAUACAGCUCCCAACCUCUGAGACAGUCCAUGGCAGGAUUGGAGCUGGUCCCUGCUUAAAGCAAUGUGUGCAAGACAUCGAAUGUGAGUACCGCGCCACCCUCCAAAGGACGUCCAUAGCUCAGUACAUCACCGGCUCUCUCCUAGAGGCAACCACAUCUUUAGGAGCAAGAAGCGGCCUUCUCAGUUCCUUCGGAGGAUCCACGGGACGAAUAAUGCUGAAAGAACGCCAACCGGGCAACUCUAUGGCCAAUUCCAAUCCUGUUCCUUCAAGUUCUGCUGGAAUCAGCAAAGAGCUGAUUGAUCUCCAGCCCCUCAUUCAGUUCCCAGAGGAAGUGGCCAGCAUCUUAACAGAACAGGAACAGAACAUUUACCGCAGGGUCCUGCCCAUGGACUACCUCUGUUUCUUAACCCGGGACUUGAGUUCACCUGAAUGCCAGAGAUCACUGCCCCGUCUCAAAGCAUCCAUCUCAGAAUCAAUCCUCACCUCUCAAAGUGGAGAACACAAUGCUCUUGAAGACCUUGUGAUGAGAUUUAACGAGGUAAGCUCCUGGGUGACCUGGCUGAUCCUCACGGCAGGCUCUAUGGAGGAGAAGCGGGAAGUCUUCUCUUAUUUGGUGCAUGUGGCCAAAUGCUGCUGGAACAUGGGCAACUACAACGCUGUCAUGGAGUUCCUGGCAGGCCUCAGGUCAAGGAAAGUUCUAAAGAUGUGGCAGUUCAUGGACCAGUCGGACAUUGAGACCAUGCGGAGCCUGAAAGAUGCCAUGGCUCAGCAUGAGUCCUCCGUGGAGUACAAGAAGGUAGUGACCCGAGCCUUGCACAUCCCCGGCUGCAAAGUGGUUCCCUUCUGUGGGGUGUUCCUGAAGGAGCUCUGUGAGGUGCUUGAUGGUGCCUCUGGCCUCCUGAAGCUCUUCCCACGGUACAGCUCCCAAGAAGAAGCCCUGGAGUUUGUAGCCGAUUACAGUGGACAAGAGAACUUCUUACAACGAGUGGGGCAGAAUGGCUUGAAGAAUUCAGAGAAGGAGCUCACCAUCAACAGCAUCUUCCAGAUCAUCCGGAGCUGCAGCCGAAGCUUGGAAAUGGAGGAGGAGGAUAGCGCCAGCGAAGGGAGCGACUCUAGGAAAAACUCCCUGAAGGACAAAACCCGAUGGCAGUUUAUAAUUGGAGAUUUGCUGGAUUCGGAAAAUGACAUCUUUGAGAAGUCCAAGGAGUGUGACCCUCAUGGAUCAGAGGAGUCACAGAAAGCUUUUGACCAUGGGACAGAGCUCAUCCCAUGGUACGUGCUGUCCAUCCAAGCGGAUGUGCACCAGUUCCUCUUGCAGGGGGCCACAGUCAUCCACUAUGACCAGGACACACAUCUCUCUGCCCGCUGCUUUCUCCAGUUGCAGCCUGACAAUAGCACCUUGACCUGGAUGAAGCCUCCCACUGCCUCCCCAGCUGGUGCCAGACCCAAGCUUGGUGUGCUUAGUAACGUGGCUGAGCCCGGCAAAUUCCCAUCGCUGGGCAACACUGGGGUGAGCGGCCUGGUGGAGGGAAUCCUGGACCUGUUUUCAGUGAAGGCUGUGUACAUGGGACACCCUAGCAUUGAUAUACACACUGUGUGUGUCCAGAACAAACUUAGUAGCAUGCUUCUGUCAGAGACUGGGGUGACACUGCUCUAUGGGCUUCAGACCACCGACAAUAGGUUAUUGCACUUUGUGGCACCAAAGCACACAGCCAAGAUGCUUUUCAGUGGAUUGCUGGAACUCACUACAGCAGUGAGAAAGAUAAGGAAGUUCCCUGACCAAAGACAGCAGUGGCUCCGCAAACAGUACGUCAGCCUCUAUCAGGAGGACGGUCGGUAUGAAGGCCCAACCUUGGCGCAUGCUGUGGAGUUGUUUGGUGGUAGGCGAUGGAGCACUAGAAACCCCAGCCCUGGGAUGUCAGCAAAGAAUGCUGAGAAGCCCAACAUGCAGAGAAACAACACCCUGGGCAUAAGCACCACCAAGAAAAAGAAGAAAAUGCUCAUGAGGGGAGAGAGUGGAGAGGUGACGGACGACGAGAUGGCUACCCGCAAGGCCAAGAUGUACAGAGAGUGUCGAAGCCGGAGCGGCUCUGAUCCUCAAGACGUUAACGAACAAGAAGAGUCGGAGGCCAAUGUCAUCACUAACCCUCCCAACCCCCUCCAUUCCAGAAGGGCCUACUCUUUGACCACGGCUGGGUCCCCCAACUUGGCUACCGGGAUGUCAUCUCCCAUCAGGCCAGUCUCUUCCCCCGUGCUGUCUUCUUCAAACAAGAGUCCAUCCAGUGCCUGGAGCAGCAGCAGCUGGCAUGGGCGGAUCAGAGGAGGAAUGAGAGGUUUCCAGAGCUUCAUGGUCUCAGACAGUAACAUGAGUUUCGUUGAAUUCGUUGAGCUGUUCAAGUCAUUCAGCAUAAGGAGCCGCAAGGACUUGAAAGACAUCUUUGACAUCUACUCCGUACCCUGCCAUCGGUCUGCCUUGGAGUCAGCCCCACUGUACACCAACCUGACAAUCGAAGAAAAUACCAGUGACCUUCAGCCUGACCUAGAUUUGCUGACUAGAAACGUCUCCGACUUAGGGCUGUUCAUUAAGAGUAAACAGCAGCUUUCUGACAACCAGAGGCAGAUAUCUGAUGCUAUCGCUGCUGCAAGCAUCGUGACCAAUGGCACUGGGAUUGAAAGCACAUCGCUGGGAGUAUUUGGAGUCGGCAUACUCCAGCUCAAUGACUUCCUGGUGAAUUGCCAAGGAGAACACUGCACGUAUGAUGAAAUCCUCAGCCUCAUCCAGAAAUUCGAGCCUAACAUCAGCAUGUGUCAUCAAGGCCUAUUGUCUUUUGAAGGGUUUGCAAGGUUUCUGAUGGAUAAAGACAAUUUCGCCUCAAGAAAUGACGAGUCACAGGAGAACGAGAAAGAGCUGCAGCUACCCCUCUCCUACUAUUACAUUGAAUCUUCACAUAACACCUACCUCACCGGCCAUCAGCUCAAGGGGGAGUCCUCUGUGGAGCUCUAUAGCCAGGUCCUUCUGCAAGGAUGUAGAAGCAUAGAGCUGGACUGCUGGGAUGGAGAUGAUGGGAUGCCCAUCAUUUAUCAUGGACAUACACUGACAACCAAGAUCCCUUUCAAGGAAGUGGUGGAAGCCAUCGAUCGCAGUGCCUUCAUCACCUCUGACCUGCCAAUCAUCAUAUCCAUUGAGAACCAUUGUUCCUUGCCUCAACAACGAAAAAUGGCAGAAAUUUUCAAGAGUGUGUUUGGAGAAAAGCUGGUGGCUAAGUUCUUAUUCGAGACCGAUUUCUCAGAUGACCCAAUGCUUCCCUCACCUGACCAACUUAGAAGGAAAGUGCUUCUCAAAAACAAGAAGCUAAAGGCCCAUCAGACACCUGUCGACAUCCUAAAACAAAAGGCUCAUCAGUUAGCAUCCAUGCAAGCACAGGCUUUCACUGGCGGGAAUGCCAACCCGCCACCUGCCAGUAAUGAGGAAGAGGAAGAUGAGGAGGAUGAAUAUGAUUAUGAUUACGAGUCCCUUUCCGACGACAAUAUUCUGGAAGACAGACCUGAGAACAAAUCAUGUGCUGACAAGCUUCAGUUUGAGUACAAUGAAGAAGUCCCCAAGAGGAUAAAGAAGGCAGACAACUCCUCUGGCAAUAAGGCAAAGGUGUAUGACAUGGAACUGGGAGAAGAGUUUUACCUUCCUCAGAACAAAAAAGAAAGCAGGCAGAUUGCACCAGAGCUCUCUGACCUCGUCAUCUAUUGCCAGGCAGUAAAAUUUCCAGGCCUGUCAACUCUAAAUUCAUCUGGCUCUAGCAGAGGGAAAGAAAGGAAAAGCAGGAAGUCCAUUUUUGGCAGCAAUCCUGGCAGACUGAGCCCAGGGGAGACAGCGUCAUUUAACAGAACAUCUGGAAAAAGUUCCUGUGAAGGAAUUCGACAAACCUGGGAGGAAUCUUCUCCACUCAGCCCAAGCACUUCCCUCAGCGCUAUCAUUAGAACUCCUAAAUGCUAUCAUAUCUCGUCACUGAAUGAAAAUGCCGCCAAACGUCUGUGUCGCAGGUAUUCUCAGAAACUGAUCCAGCACACUGCUUGUCAGCUGCUGAGGACCUACCCCGCAGCGACCAGAAUCGACUCCUCCAAUCCCAACCCCCUCAUGUUCUGGCUCCAUGGGAUACAGCUUGUAGCUCUAAACUACCAGACGGAUGACCUUCCUUUACAUUUAAACGCUGCCAUGUUUGAGGCGAAUGGUGGGUGUGGUUAUGUCUUGAAGCCUCCUGCCCUGUGGGAUAAAAGCUGUCCCAUGUACCAGAAGUUUUCUCCACUGGAAAGAGACCUAGACACCAUGGAUCCUGCUAUCUACUCUUUAACUAUCAUCUCUGGCCAGAAUGUGUGCCCUAGUAACAGCACCGGAAGUCCGUGCAUUGAAGUUGACGUCUUGGGCAUGCCCCUGGACAGCUGCCAUUUCCGCACAAAGCCCAUCCAUCGGAACACUCUGAACCCCAUGUGGAAUGAGCAGUUUCUCUUCCGGGUUCACUUUGAAGAUCUUGUAUUUCUUCGUUUUGCAGUUGUGGAAAACAACAGUUCGGCAAUAACGGCUCAGCGAAUCAUUCCACUCAGAGCUUUAAAACGAGGAUAUCGACAUCUUCAGCUGCGGAACCUCCACAAUGAAAUCUUGGAAAUAUCUAGCUUAUUUAUAAACAGCAGAAGGAUGGAAGAAAAUCCCUCUGGCAGUACCAUGCCAGCCUCAUUGAUGUUUAAUACUGAAGAGAGGAAAUGUUCUCAGACUCACAAAGUCACAGUGCAUGGUGUCCCAGGUCCAGAGCCCUUUGCUGUUUUCACUAUAAACGAAGGCACCAAGGCCAAGCAGCUUCUCCAACAGAUUUUGGCGGUUGACCAAGACACCAAACUUACUGCCACGGACUAUUUUCUGAUGGAAGAGAAGCAUUUUAUAUCUAAGGAAAAGAAUGAAUGCAGGAAACAACCAUUCCAGAGAGCUGUGGGUCCAGAGGAAGACAUCGUGCAGAUUUUAAACAGCUGGUUCCCGGAAGAAGGCUACGUAGGCAGGAUUGUCUUAAAGGCCCAACAGGAAGCCCUGGAAGAGAAGAGCAUCGUCCAUGAUGACAGAGAGGUGAUCUUGAGCUCGGAGGAGGAGAGUUUCUUUGUCCAAGUGCAUGAUGUCUCUCCAGAGCAACCUCGAACCGUCAUCAAAGCCCCGCGUGUCAGCACUGCACAAGAUGUGAUUCAACAGACCUUAUGCAAAGCCAAAUAUUCCUACAGCAUCCUAAACAACCCCAAUCCAUGUGAUUAUGUGCUUUUGGAAGAGGUGAUGAAAGACGUGCCUAAUAAGAAGUCUUCUACCCCAAAGUCCUCACAGAGGAUCCUCUUGGACCAAGAAUGUGUGUUUCAAGCUCAAAGCAAGUGGAAGGGUGCAGGGAAAUUCAUCCUUAAGCUAAAGGAGCAGGUGCAGGCAUCCCGAGAAGAUAAAAGGCGGGGUAUCUCCUUUGCAAGUGAACUCAAGAAACUCACUAAGUCCACUAAGCAGUCCCGAGGACUCACAUCACCUCCUCAGCUUGUGGCCUCAGAAAGUGUUCAGAGCAAGGAGGAGAAACCUGUGGGUGCCUUAGCCUCUGGUGACACAGUGGCUUACCAGCAGUGAGCAUGUGCAGCUUAUUUGUUCCAGGGAUAUGAAGGGGAAGAUCCUUGAUGAGAAGCUAUCAAGAACGAACGUGGUGGAAAGAAAUAUACUUUACCUCCAUCACAUUUAAACUGGAAAUUGAUGAUUUCUGAACUCCAGCCCUCUUCACAUCUGAUGUGAGGUUCGAGCAAAAAAACGGCACAGGGCUGCCAACCAACUUCCUGAGGAAUGAAGCAGGGACACCCAGGGCACUGCCCAGGGCAUCACAGGUGGAAAAGCCAGCCCUCAGGCUUAAGGCACCGAGCUUCACCUGCAAAGGACCAGGUGGUAAACGUUUUAGGGUUGGGGCCACAUGGCUUCUGUUCUGAGUCACCUCAGCUGCUGAGUGCAAAUGCAGCUGCUGACAACAGGUACCAGAAUGAACAUGACUGAACAAUAAAACUUUAUUUAUGGACACUUAAAUUGGAACCUCAUAUGGUUUUCACAGGUCACACAUCUUUCAAGUGUUUCUAUCACUUAAAAUUGUAAAAAUCUUUCUUAGAUUAAGGGUCAGACAAAAACACAUGUAUUUGGCCUAAGGACCAGCUUGCUGACCCCAACUUGGGAGAACUGGGAGCCAAAGGUAUAGAGGUUAGAAAACCUCGAAAAUUGGCCAUGGGUUUCAAGAGAAGUGGAAGUCUGGGGGCAUUGGAAAUGUAAAUAUGUCCUGUAAGAUUUGUUAGCAAUUACUCAAAUUAGUUCCUAUCUUGUGUACCCAGGUGCACUCUUUGGGCUGGCUUUCCUCAAAUAGAAAUGUUUCUUCGAAAGCUAUGAUUCAUAAGUCCCCAGACUGUUCCGUUUUCAGUUCUCACAAAGUGAAUUUAGAAUGAUGUACAAUUUAGUGUCUAUUGCGUUGUGAUGUCUUCAUAAGAAACCUAAAUCAUUUCUAAAAAGCAAAAGUAGUCUGAGUUGAUGUUUAAGGUAGAUUUAUUUAUUUUACAAUGUUUAUACUGACACUGUACUUGUGUAUUUAUUAGACAUAGCUUUCCUGAUAUUGCUAUGGGUGAGAAGCAUUAGUGUUUCGAUCUAUUUCAAGACAUCCUAAAAAAUAAAUCCUAUGAGCAUGAGAAGUGGGUAGAGAUCCA